UGGUCUCCAUGCAGGUCAUGACGAGGAUGGAUUCAGAUCCAGUCUUGGGGAAAUAGAACCGGUGCCUGAGCUGUGAGCUCAGCGUCAGCAAGGCUGGGCGCCCUUGGAUGAGAUCGCACAUACAUAGCUGGCUGGCCCUGCGGAACCACAAGGCUGCCACGAUGAACAAUUUGGUCGUAUCUUGACUUGUUGAUACUCGGGCGCCCAUCUCGGUCUUGCACGCUUCGCACCAAGACAUUCUGCCGCCGGACAUCUGACCACUAGUGCCGAUCUACUACAUGACGCAACAGCAGACGACACCAUGCAGCCCUCCCACAAGGACGCGGACAAGUCCUCGCAACGACUGCCUGUCAACCCCAGACGGCAUAAGGUUCCCCCCGAACACCGCAAGCGUGUCGCCACAGCAUGCAACAGCUGCAACCUCCGCCGGACAAAAUGCUCGGGUGAUCAACCCUGCACGCAAUGCGCAGCUGCAUGCCGUGAAUGCGUGUAUCCAGUGAUCUCGCCCAAAGUAUCCGUCUCAAAGGCCGAGCUCGAAGAUCUUCGUCAUCGCGUGGAGGCUUACGAAAAAGCAUUCAAAGACAUCGUUCCCGAUGCUGAGAAGCGUAAGGAACUACUCGGCUCUCGUGCCGGUUCACUUACACCAACGACCAGGGGGUCGUCCCCUGCAUCGCGGACCGGUGCGUACGGUCACCAGCCUCUUAGCCCCGUGCAGACUGAAAUCACCGGCACGACUGAAGAGGAGCCAGCUUCACCCUUCCCGGUUGAAGGUCACCUCCUGCACGACGGAGUUGGUACGCCCCGUUUCCAUGGCGAGACGGGCGAAAAAGCCUUCACAGAGGAGCUCAAGUCCUUCUUGAGAGGGCUACUACCCCUGGGAGAAGCCAGCACCGUACCGUCAAGUAUAGGACAGUGCCAGACCGCUGACUCGCGUCCAUUACCGGCGCCCGACGCCAAUCCCUUGUGGCUUCCGCCGCCCAACACGACCCGUAUCAUGCUUUCGGUCUUACGCUCUUUCUUGCAAGACGGGACAGAUGAGCAGCCAUCUCCCAGCGGGGGGCUGUAUUGGUUUGGCAAUCUCACCUCCAUGCCGUCGAUACCCACGUCCAGCGGCAACGUGGAGGCGGACACGAGAAGCGCUCGUCGUCUAUCCUUCUACCAGACGGGGCUAGCACUGGCAUGCCGAAUUGCCUCGACAAAGCCAUCCGCAUCUGGAUUUUCGCAUGACAGGAGCGAGCCCUUCUUUGCGCGGGCAACGACACUGCUGGGAAAUCCUCUCGAUGUAACUCGCUGCUCGAUGGGUGAGGUGUCCGUUCUGACCAUGAUGGCUUACUACUUGCUCGAGUCGGAUCGAGUGGAAGCAGCAUAUGUGUACAUUGGCGUCGCCUCUCGCGUGGCGUUUGGCGCCGGCGCUCACAGAGGCAACGUCGACGAGAGGGGGAAACGGAUAUUCUGGACAUUGUAUGUUCUGGAUCCAUGGGUGAGCUGUCUCCUGGGGCGUCCCACAGCCAUCCAGGACGAAGCCUUGAUGCUGCCUCUGCCAGUUGACUCGCCGAACAUGCCUCCGUCAGCCGGCCUGCAUGCAAACGUCAAGCUUGCGCGUAUUUCGGACUACAUCACCUGCAAUCUCUACCGCAUUGCUGCCACGCGCGAGAAUGCAGACACCUCAGCUUCCAUCCGGGACAAGGCGACAUUUCUCCUUGAGCAAUGGCAACAAAACAUUCCUGCAAGCCUUCAACUCACCCCUGAAGGCGUCAGCAACGACUCUGCCACGUGCGCGCUGCACAUGCACGCCAACGACCUGAUCAUCAUGAUCCACCGCCCAGCGCUCCUCAAGGCCGUGCGAUCCGCACUCUCCAACAAUGGUUCACAGAGUCCUUCGCACGCACCACAGUGGGAGUCCUGUAUAGCCGCUGCCCUCCGCAACAUGCGUCUAGCCCGUCAUAUUGCAACACUGCACCGACCGCGACGACUCCUCCAUGCCGGUCUACACUGUGUGUUCAGCGCAGCCCUGUGUUUCAUGCUGCAGAGCUUGCUGGGGAACGACGAUCUCACCACGGCGCGAGAGGUGGACUUUGCCGUGGAGCUCUUUGAUCGGGAGGCGCAGACCGGCAACACGUACGGUCUCAACUGCGCCAACGCGCUGAGAGAACUGCACAUGCUCAUGGCGAAGCGCAGAGGGACGCAGACAGCCAUGGAGAUUGAGCAGGCGUUUGAGCAGCACCUUAUUCAGAACACGACAUGGGAUACGCCAGAUAUGCCUUCUCACGUGGCUGGAGGGGAUGUUGUGUCCUUGCAGGACGACGUGCUUUCGUGGAUGGAGCACGACUGGUCUUUCGGAGGUCAGCACUUCCCUCGAUGAUGAUAAAUGCCCGAUAUCGACAUUAAUAGUAAUACAUACAAUGUGCACACUACUCAGGCGUGGGCCACAGUCCUGAGAAGAAGCGAUCCGCCUCCUGCGUCAAGUACUGAAUGUCUUCCUCGCUCAUCACGCCCUGGCCCUCCAUCUCCUUCUGCGGCUGCACAUUCUCCAGCGCCAUGGCCGCCAGCUUCUCAAACUGCGGCGCAAGUUCCGCACGUUGCGGCUCCAGCAAUGUCUCGAUCAGCUCCAGACCUGGGAGCAGUCUCGUCAGCAGUGGCGCCUUUACGCUGCGGUCCGCGUGGUUCCAAAUAUGCCAUGCCGCCAGUCGCACACAGCGCCGCCACUGCGCCGAGUCAGAGGUUGUAAUCUCCCCGACCGUCUCGCGAAAGACGGUGAAAGCGUCGUGGGGAUCGCGUCGCGCGUCCUCACCCGU